CAAAGACGAUGACAAUUGCCCACGGCAUCAAGAAGCAUCUGCUCGUGUUGUCCACAGGUCAGCAUGUUGGAAAGACGACCACAUCUCUCGGACUCGUGGCGCAUCUCCAGGAGCGCUUCAGCCUAGAGGUCCAUGGCACAACCACCCCCAAGAAAGAAGUAGCGUACUGCAAGCCGGUGGGCCAGCAGCAUGUGCCCGUCGGCGGUGGACUACGCGUGGACAAAGACUCGUUCUUAUUCAAAGAACACUUUGGGCUAGUGCAUGACUACAAAGACAUGUCGCCUGUCAUCUUCCCCGACGGGUUCACGCGUGACUACAUCGAUGGCAAAGUCACGGCGGCGGAGCUCACAGAAUCCGUCCGAGUAGCCCACCGCCACCUCAUGGACACGAGCGAGUUCGUGGUCGUCGAAGGCACGGGGCACACGGGGGUUGGAUCUAUUUGUGAUAUCAACAAUGCCCAAGUCGCAGCGGAACUCGGCAUGGAUGCCAUCUGCAUUGCCCUCGGUGGCCUUGGCUCCUCCUUCGACCAGUUGGCACUGAAUCGUGAAAUGCUGCUCAAGCAUGGCGUCCAGUUGAAGGGCGUGAUCUUGAACAAAGUGGACCCGGCCAAGCUCGACAUGGUGCAAGACUACUUUUCCCGAGCAUUGAAGCGCUGGGACGUUCCGUUGGUUGGGUGCAUUCCACAGCUCGACGACCUGUCGCAUCCAUCCAUGUCGGACUACAGCAAACUCUUCCACAGCGACCUCAUCUCCGGCCACGACGCCAAGCUGCGGUACUUUGCCCACGUUCGCCUCGCGCUCGCUCCCGUCGAUUCGCGAAACGUGUUCAAGCCCGUGCCCAGUCAACUGGUCAUUACGCACAGCGGACGAGGCGACGUCAUCGACGCCAUCCUCGCCAACCAAGCCGAAUACCGCCGCCGCGGAGAGAAUUUGCAUCCGGGGUUGAUCAUGACGGGAUGGGACCAUCCGUCUCCAAGUCUAAUUGCCCGGUUGAACGAAGGCAACAUCCCAUGCAUUUACGUGCCGCCCACGACGUGCGACAGCUUCCAACUCACGGCCAAGAUCGCCGGGUUCACGGCCAAGUUGAAUCGUUACGACACCAAGCGCCUGCAUCUCGCGACACAACACGUGCGAGAUCAUGUCAACUUUGACCUCUUAGGUAUCUAAGGGGUCGGUCGCCCCGGAUGAUGGAAAUAUGAAGUGCUACAUUAGCCUAAUGUCGAGAGGUAGCCAUCAUGCACACACAUUGAAAGAAACCAAUCGUUAAAGUGAUGCCAUGAUAUGGACAAAUGGA